AUGGCCUUGAGACCAGCCGCAAGGAAUAUUGGGUAUUAUCUAUUUUUCCUUCUCCUCGCAACCUUUGUUCAGAAGUCAUCUGCGUCGUUAGGUGACCAUCUCCCCGACUUCAAAUCAUGUGUCAAGAUAUGCGAGGCUGAAAAUUGCCAGGAUGGAGACUCGGCUGUCUCUUUCCUUCUCCGGCUCAUGUUCUGGACGUGCCCUGCCGAAUGCGAUUACACUUGCCAACAUGUUGUGACAGACCGUCGACUCGCUCGUGAUCCGCCUAUGCUUAGCCCCGUGGUUCAAUUCCAUGGGAAAUGGCCAUUUCGCAGAAUCCUCGGCAUGCAGGAACUCUUCUCGGUCCUUUUCUCUGGCUUCAAUUUCCUGGCUCAUUGGCACGGAAUGACUCGGCUUCGCGACUCGACCCCGUCAUGGCAUCCGCUACAAAAGUAUUAUACGGCAUUUGGAUAUAGCGGCCUCGCCGCCUGGACUUUCAGCAUGCUUUUCCAUGCACGGGAUUUCCCCCUGACAGAGAAGCUGGAUUAUUACGGAGCAGGAGCAAGCGUGCUGUAUGGACUAUAUCUUGCUACUAUACGCAUAUUCCGUCUGGACCUAGAGCAGCCGAGAUACCGGCCGACUCUGCGACGCCUUUGGACCACUAUCUGCAUUAUCCUCUACACCAUGCACGUGUGUUAUCUCAGUUUCUGGUCGUGGGACUACACAUACAAUAUGAUCGCCAAUAUUGUCGUCGGGAUGAUCCAGAACACUCUCUGGAUUUGCUUCAGUGUUGUCCGGUACCAAAAGACUGGGAAGACGUGGACCCUUUGGCCUGCAAUGAUCGUGGUUUGGAUCAUCCUGGCUAUGAGCCUGGAGCUCCUGGACUUUCCUCCGUGGUAUGCGCUUAUCGAUGCGCAUAGCCUGUGGCACUUGGGAACGGUUAUCCCAUGUGCAUGGUGGUACCUGUAA